AUGUUCAGUCAAUAUCUUAUCAAUCUUAAAGAUCGAGCUAUAAAGAUGGUCGACCGGAUUCAGCUCAAGUUCAACUGUGGUAGGGCCACGCAGCAGCCUCGGCUGUUGCACGAAUGGGCAGGCUCGUGUCCGUUUGCAGGGUCGGAUUUAGGGGAGGGCAACCAGGACUACAGCUUCGAGACUCCCACAAAAGAGGGACCACCACAA